GGGGGUUUUGGGGGGGACUCGCAGCUCUUUGAGGUGCCCUGGGGGGGGGUCCGAACUGGGUGCCGGGAUGGGGCUGGCCGGAUCCUGCCCCUGGCACCCAGGUUGUGUGGGGUGGGGGAGAAGCACCCUGGGGUCCCCUUGGUGCCUUGGGGUCCCCGUGGUGCCUUGGGGUCCCCGUGCUGCCCCCCUGCCCCCGUGCUUUGUCCCUGGGGGCCAGCGCUGCUCACAGCAAGCCCCGGGUGGGCUUCGUGUAACCGAGCCCACCCCACCACCACCUCCAGCUGGGGGGGGGGACUCCUUUGGGUACCCCCCUGCCCGCUGCCAGUGUGGCUCCCGGCCGUGCCCGGCCCUUGGGGCAGCGAGCCCGUGUCCCCCGGCUGGGACCAGUGCCCAAGACCUUGGCCAAGGCUGCUGUGCCCUAGGCAUGGAGCGAGGGCAGGCUGCCUCUCCCCGGGCGGGAUCCCUUUUGUCUUGGCACAGAGGAGGAAGUGGACUUGAGACCAAAAAGGCAUAAAACAAGGUGAAGAGGAAGAGAAAAGCUGAAUUAUCCUGCUACGUGGCUGGCAGGGUGGAGAGGGACACAGCGCCUGAGCCUCCUCCUCUUCCCGGAGACACUGGAGGGGGUGGAGACGUUGCCCCAGUCUGCAGGGCCCUGGGGUGCCAGUGUGGGCUCUGGGAGGGUGGUGGGGACACGGGGACACCCUGAAGUCCCCCCCCAGGAGCCCACAAAGGGCUCCACGGGGCUGGGAACACGCAGGGAGCCUUCAGCCUCCGCCGUCAUCAUCGGCACCGGGGAGCCCCUGGGUCCCUUCCCAGCCACUGGGGCACUCGGCCCCGGUGGGGAACCCGUGGGCAUCGUGGAGGGGGCAGCAGGGGCUGUGGGGGCAGCCGUCCUCCCCCCCGAGCCCCGCUCCCUGUCUCUUGCAGACCCUUCCCCAGCGGUGCUGCAGGAUGGAGAAGCUGGGCUUGGUGGCCAUCGGGGCCCUGGGGCUCUGCUUCCUGCUGGACCCCACCAACGCUUGGGGUUCGGCACCGUCCCCCCCAGCCCCACCGCAACCCCUCCGGCCCCCAGCCUCUCCCCCGGCCCCCUCCCUGCCCACCGCCGCCCCCUGCGUGGCCAACAGCUCGGUGCACAACAUCUCCGGCUUCGAGGAGCUGCCCCAGCACAUCAAGGACUUCAUGAGGUACCGGCACUGCCGCUCCUUCCGCCAGCUCCUCGACGUCCCCGGCAAGUGCGGGGGGCCCCGGGGCUCCUCCAGCAUCUCCCUGCUCCUGGCCAUCAAGUCCUCGCCGGCCAACUACGAGCGGCGGGAGGUGAUCCGCAGGACGUGGGGGCAGCAGAGGACCUUCGAAGGGGCGCACAUCCGCAGGGUUUUCCUCCUGGGGGUGUCCCCCAACUGCUCGCGACGCCAGGAAAGCUCAGGUUGGCUGCUGCACCUGGAGCAGCGGGAGCACCGGGACGUGCUGCAGUGGGAUUUCAGGGACACCUUCUUCAACCUGACGCUCAAGCAGGUGCUCUUCCACGCCUGGCUGGAGGAGCACUGCCCCGGCGUCCACUUCGUCUUCAACGGGGACGACGACGUCUUCGUCAACACGGACAACGUGGUGCGCUUCAUGAAGACCUCCCGGGGCAGCCAGCACCUGAUGGUGGGCUCCGUCCUAAUCAACACGGGGCCCAUCCGGGAUAAGGGCAGCAAGUACUACGUGCCCAAGCAGGUGAUUCCCUCGGAGAGGUACCCGCCCUACUGCAGCGGUGGCGGGAUGCUCAUGUCCGGCUACACCGCCCGCGUCAUCCACCGCGAGUCCCAAAGCAUCGAGCUGGUCCCCAUCGAUGACGCCUACCUGGGCAUGUGCCUGGAGCAGGCGGGGUUGCGCCCGGCUCCCCACGACGGCGUCCGGAUCUGGGGCAUCUACGCCCCCCGCAACAGCGACGCCUUCGACCCCUGCUACUACCGGGAGCUGCUGGUGGUGCACCGCUUCGUGGCCUACGAGACAGCGGCCAUGUGGCAGGCCAUCCACGAGCCCCAGCUGAGCUGCGGGAGGAAGGUGAGCUUCUUCUAGGGUGCUCGGUGUCCGGGGGGCACCAGGACGUGGUGGUGCUGCUGCUGCUCGAUGCCACCGCCCUGAGCGAGGGGUCCGAGGAACGCUGAUGUGGGGCUGGCCCAAGGCGGUGCCGAGUGCCAUCGGGGCUCAUCCUGCUCCUGGCUGGAUUCUGCCUGGUUUUGCCCCAAAACCUGCCCUGUUUUGGCCAGGUGAGCUCCAAAGAACCCGUGGGAGAAUAAAGGAGCAAAUUUUGGAAACGA